AUGAAGAAGUCGCUUGUGCUUGUGCUGUGUCCAAUCCUCCUGGCUCUCUUCUUAGAGGCCUCCCCAAUUCUGAUGGAAAAGCAGGCCAAACAGCUCCUGAGAUCCCGGAGACAGGACAGGCCAAGCAAACCUGGAUUCCCCGACGAGCCAAUGCGGGAGUACAUGCACCACCUGCUUGCCCUGGAGCACCGCGCUGAGGAGCAGUUCCUGGAGCACUGGCUGAACCCUCACUGCAAGCCCCACUGUGACAGGAAUGGGGUCCAUCCUGUGUAGGGGGAUUGGGACCAGCCUCGGAAGCAUUUUGUUGGCAAUGACCCGGAGAAUGGCAAAACAGAAUGAGAUUCCUUCUUUCAUUUGUUUUUAAACUGCGGAAA